AUGGGAGUUCCAUCCCUCAGAAACAAAUCCCGAGGUUCGUCAUUUCGUCAUCCAGAUCAUGGGAAUGUUAAGAUAACUAAACCUUCCAAGAAAGGUGUUUCUUCAUUUCCCUUACCAGGAGCCAGGAAACCAAUCUUUGUAGAUAGCGAUAAUGAAGAUGAUGAGACAAAAUUUGUUGAUGAUGAUGAUGACAGUGAUGAAGGCAGGCCAGCAAAUCAGCAAGCAGCAAAUGACGAUGAUGAGGAAGAUGAGUUGGAUAAGUUCAUGGCAGGAAUUGAACAUGAAGUACAAAAGGAAACAAGCUUGUCUGAGAAAGAAAAGAGUGAAAAAGACAAGAAAAAGAUUAGAAGAGAUGACAUUGAGGAUGAAGAUGACCAUGAGUCGUAUUUCAACUACGUGAAGAAUGCUCCUGUAGUUGCUUAUCCUGAUGACGAGGAAGAAAUUGAGUAUGACAGUGACGGCAAUCCCAUUGCUCCAGAGAAAUCAAAGAUCAUUGUGCCACUUCCAGUAGUGGAUCACUCAGAGAUUGACUACCCAAUAUUUGAGAAAAACUUUUACAUUGAACAUGAGGAAAUAGCCAAGCUUACAGAACGUGAGGUGCAAGACUUGAGGAGAAAAUUAGGGAUGAAGGUUUCAGGAGCUCUGCCUACAAGGCCAUCCAUUAGUUUUGCACAUUUUAGUUUUGAUGAACAGCUUAUGGGUGCAAUCAGGAAGUCAGAAUACACACAACCAACUCCUAUCCAAUGUCAGGCUAUCCCGAUAGCGCUCAGUGGCCGAGAUAUCAUCGGCAUUGCUAAAACAGGUUCUGGCAAGACCGCAGCUUUUUUGUGGCCAGCGUUGGUUCAUAUCAUGGACCAACCUGAGCUCGAGCCUGGCGACGGGCCCAUUGCACUCAUCUGUGCUCCUACAAGAGAACUUUGCCAGCAGAUCUUUGUGGAAGCGCGGCGGUUUGGAAAAGUGUACAACAUCCAUGCCGCAGCUGUGUUUGGUGGUGGUAACAAGUAUGAGCAGUCCAAAGCACUUCAAGAGGGAGCAGAAAUUGUUGUGGCUACUCCAGGCCGUCUGAUUGACCAUGUGAAGGCUAAAAGCACGAAUCUUCAACGAGUGACAUACCUGGUGUUUGAUGAAGCUGAUAGAAUGUUUGACAUGGGAUUUGGUAGGUGUCUUACUGCUCCAGACUGGUUGGUUACUGUUCAGUUGUUUUGUUAUCAGAUAAAGAGUUGGGUAAAGUGAAAUAUUUCACAAUUGAGAAUCAUGUGUAUUUGUGAUUAACACUUUGCGUCUCGACAUCGUCAACAGGAACUUCAGAUACAAGGAA